GUGGUCAGAGGCCAUUUGUCACCACACUCUGAAGAACUGAUUCUGCUGAAAUUGCACGAAGGUAGUCAGAUGAGUGGAGGAAGAGAAAAGAAAGAGGAUUUGAAUAAAUGUCACAGAAACAGGAAGCAAUGUUUCAAAACUGAGUGGAGAGAACAGCUGACUGAAAGAGACUGAAGAUUCAAACUAAGUGAAUAUUUAACAAAACGCCACAUGAUUUAAGAGAAAAUUGAGAGUUUGACAAACUGACUCUAAGAGAACAUCUGGACUUGUUUUCAUUCUGCAGAAACACUCAAGGAUCUUUUCAGUCCACCAGGUCUCCACUCCUUCAGUUCAGUCCUUAAGGUCUUGACAGAAAAAUGGCCAGCAGCUCACCAAGGGACAAAUAUUUUGGUGUCUGGCUGAUCUUUUUCAUGCUCGGUUUGGGGACACUGCUGCCCUGGAACUUCUUCAUGACUGCCACUGCGUACUUCACUGGCCGUCUGAAGGACUCCUCACUGAGUGAUUCCUCGGCCAAUCAGACAGAGCCAUCAGGUGAGCAACGCGGCAUUCUGGAGGCCAAAUUCAACAAUGUGAUGACACUGUGUGCUAUGCUGCCGCUGCUUCUCUGCACCUGCCUCAACUCCUUCUUGUAUUCACUUAUUUCCCAGCGACUGCGUGUGAUGGGCAGUCUGCUCAUCAUCAUGUUUGUCUUCAUCGUCACUGCUGUCCUUGUUAAAGUUCCUCUGGAGCCACUGCCCUUCUUUUCUGUCACCAUGGUGAAGAUCAUCAUCAUCAACUCCUUUGGGGCAGUGCUGCAGGGAAGCCUGUUUGGCAUGGCUGGGUUACUGCCAGCUUCUUACACGACUCCCAUCAUGAGUGGUCAGGGACUUGCUGGAAGCUUUGCUGCCUUCGCCAUGAUCUGUGCCAUCGCAAGUGGCUCAGAGCUUCAGGAUGCAGCAUUUGGUUAUUUCAUCACAGCCUGUGCUGUUAUUUUUCUUUCCAUCCUCUCCUACAUCCUGCUGCCUAAACUGGAAUUUUUCCAGUUUUAUCAGGAGACAAACAGGAAACCAAAAUCAGAUGAGGAGAACUCCGUAAAUCUGAUGCACAGAGAGAAUGGAAGUGAAGCAGCUGAUCAGAACAGACGACAGGACAUCUCCAUAAUGAUCAUUUUUAAGAAGAUCUGGCUGUUGGCUCUGUCCGUCUGCUUCACCUUCACCAUCACCAUCGGCAUGUUUCCCGCCAUCACCGCCGACACCAAAUCCACCCUUUCUGAUGGAGGCUCCUGGGUGCAUUACUUCAUCCCAGUCAGCUGCUUCCUGCUCUUUAACUUGUGUGACUGGGGAGGGCGGAGCUUAACAGCCAUUUGUAUGUGGCCGGAGAAGGACAGUCUGUUACUUCCUGUGUCCAUCAUGUGUCGCCUUGUAUUUGUUCCUCUCUUCAUGUUGUGUAACGUUCAGCCUCGCCUCCACCUGCCAGUCUUCUUCCAUCAUGAUGCCUGGUUCGUCUUCUUCAUGAUCCUCUUCGCCUUCAGUAAUGGAUACCUGGCCAGCCUGUGCAUGUGCUAUGGACCAAAAAACGUUCUUCCUCAUGAAGCUGAAACAGCCGGAGCCAUCAUGGCUUUCUUUCUGUCUUUGGGUUUGGCUUUAGGAGCUGCUCUGUCCUUCAUCUUGAGAGCACUGGUUUAACUGGAAACUACAUCUUUAUGACUGGUUUAACUUGAAAAAUGCCUGUUUACUACUGGAUUACCCGGAAGACAAACUUUUCUGUUCAACAUUCAGGGUUUUACAGCUGAGUUUUUCAGAAUGAACCUGCAGUUCUACAACCAAAUUCACAUUUUGUCCUGAUGGUGGCGCUGCAGGGGGCUAUUCAGUACAGAUCAUAUUUGUCUGUUGACUGACAUCUGAAAGGAUGAAGGCUGAAAACUGACAGCAAGAGAAACACGCACACAUUAAAUAUUUAGAGAAAGGACAUGUUCGCUUAAAGUCUUUUAUUACAGCUUCAUUACAUCAGGAAACUGGAAACGUUUAAUUAUAGUAUAGUGUCUGUUACUCUUCUAGUCCUCAUAGCAGUUUGUAAUAACAUUCUGCACAUGUUGUCUUGCAGCUUAAAAGAUGACACUCGGCUUUGACUGCAGAGAGAAUUCAUCACUUCUGACUUUAAUAUUUUACAUCAUCCAAAUGAACUUACCUUCUGAACUUUCACUUUUCUUUAUAGACUUUCAGCUAAAAGGAAUCAUUUUUCAUCAUAUGUUUUGAUAUUUGUAGAAUACAAAGGAACAGUAGACACAUAAAACAAAGAUUUAUUUUUAUAGGAUUAUGUAGAUAAUACAGACAUUCUGAGCAAGUGAAGACCAAACCAAAAAAAUCUUCACAGAUUUAUCGAUCAGUUUUUAAUUUGGUUUGAUUCAUGAAAUUCAGAUUUUGUUUUAGUUUGCUUUGAACAGUCAGGAUGAAGUUGUAAAAGCAAAUAAUAAAACCAAACCGACUUGCAAAAGAACAGAAAUCUGGAUUGUUGCAACAACAUCUGCUCACAAAAAAGAAUCAGUAGUACAAGGGAAAUUAAUAAAUCAUGUUGCUGGGGAAUAUCUUUAAACCUUCUUAUGUUAAAGAAGGUUCUUCUGUUAUGUUGAUAAAGUUGUUAAAAUCUGAACUGAAGGCCAAACAGCCUAAUGACUGCUGGACACACUCGGAAAUGUUUAAUUAAUAGUUUUAACGUUUUUGUUUUCCAUGCCGCUGUCAUUCCGUGCAAUAAAUGUAAUUAAAACCUUUAUAUAUAUAUCUUUGUUUUUUGUGAUUAAAGAUGCAGCUGCUCCUCCA